AUGACUAUCGCUAAUAAAGCCCUUGCAGCAUAUAGAAACGGUUUAAGAGCAUCAAGAAUUGCCUUCGGUAAUGAUACUCGUGCUUUACUUGCUUCUAGAAAGCUUAUGAAGGAUGGUAUGAGGUCUCCUCCAAACCCGGAAGCUACUCCAGAAGAGCAAAUCCAGUAUAUGAAUGAUGUUGCAAAGAUACUUCGGAAUAAUGUGGUCCAGGGAGAACGAAAAGAUGGGACCGAUGUAUUUGAGUUAAAUAUUCACAAAGAUAUUGAACUAGGCGACAAUAAUUCGAUUAAGAAGCCAAAAAGUACCCUCACUGCUGGUGCAGUAAGCGGAGGAUGCUGUGGUGGUAAGGUUGGACGUUAA